AUGGCGCCGUCAGACAGAAAUGCUCGCCAGUCCCUCGAGACGGUGACUACCUCCUUCCUCCUGGACAACCUCCACUGUCCUACCUGUGUCUCCACUGUCAAGAGCGUUCUACACGACUCCUGCGCGGAUCAUGUUAGAUGGGUCUCACCGAACAUCGUAACCUCUGUUGUCACCGUGGAACACGACUCAGCCGCUACCAUUAAGAACAUGACCGCCGCUCUCGAGGACGCCGGCUUCGAGGUCUCCGGUGUCACCUCCUCUGCCGCAGACUUUUCAGAGCUGGACGAGCUCGAACAACGCCCUCCAACUAGUAGCCGCAAUGGCGAGGCAAGCAGACAAGAUAUAUCCAGGCCGUCAGCAGCUCUCGGUAGGUGGAUCAGUGCCUCUCGUCUAACACACAAGGGCAAAAUGGUCCGACCACCGCAGGAGCACAUACACCUGCUCAACUGUGAGCAGUGUCGCAAGACAAAGGAGACUGGUGUGGACGAGAAGACCAUCAUCGAGGGAAAGGAUACUGCUUGUCAUCCUGAAGAGUCAGCUCUGUCACACACUUCAAGUACUGCAAACCCACUAGACAGCUUAAAAUCGCGCGAGGCCGUCAUGUCGACCAAAUCCUUCAUAACCGUCGAUACGGAGGAGAAGCUGCAAAAUGUCUACCGAGCGACCCUGGCAGUAGGUGGCAUGACCUGUGCUGCCUGCGUCAACACCAUAUCGAACGAGUUGGACAAGAAAGACUGGAUCACCAAAGUAUCCAUCAACCUUGUCUCUAAUUCUGCAACUGUUGAAUUUGUCGGUCGAGAAAACACCGACAACCUCGUGGAGGCAAUCGAGGACCUUGGUUAUGACGCAACCAUUGAUAAGGUCGUUGACCUAGAGGAAGAGAAAGCCCCAAGCCAAGUGAGGACGGUUGAGAUACUGGUCGACGGUACGACCAUUGCAUAUGUCUCUUCGGUCAGCCAGCUCAUUGCCGCCGCCGCCAAUCAUCCGGAGGAGAUCAGUGACACCAAUUUCUAUUUUGACUCAGUCGUCUUUUUGACAUUCUUCUUGUUAAUUGGUAGACUUAUUGAGUCAUACAGCAAGUCGAAGACUGGAGAUGCCGUGGAAGCCCUUGGAAAGCUUCGCCCUACGGAAGCUACCUUGUUCGAGAAGCAAGGCGAUAAAGAGAAGACGUCUGUUGUCGCGGCUGAUUUGCUUGACUUUGGUGAUGUUGUUCGUGUGCCUCAUGGUGGCUCACCACCCGCAGAUGGGACUGUGGUUCAAGGUGAGAGCAGUUUCGACGAAUCAAGUCUAACUGGCGAGUCACAUUUGAUCAAGAAGAACCCCGGCGAUCAAGUCUUCUCCGGGACAGUGAAUAAGGACGCCCCCAUACUCGUACAGAUCACUGGCGUCUCGGGCCAGUCGAUGCUGGACCAAAUUGUCAAUAUUGUCCGUGAAGGUCAGACGAAGCGAGCCCCGAUGGAACAAAUUGCAGACCUACUCACAACAUACUUCGUUCCUAUCGUCACUUUCGUCGCCAUUUUGACCUGGCUCAUUUGGUUGGCAAUGGGGUUGAGCGGAAGGAUCCCAUCCCAUUAUCUGGACGUCAGCUCCGGGGGUUGGGUCGCCUUCUCGCUGCAAUUUGCUAUUGCUGUCUUUGUGGUCGCCUGUCCCUGUGGACUGGGUCUCGCUGCUCCAACAGCAAUCUUUAUCGGUGGUGGAAUGGCAGCGAAACACGGUAUCCUUGCUAAGGGGGGCGGCGAAGCUUUCGAGAAAGCUAGUCGGAUCGACUGUGUUGUCUUCGACAAGACAGGCACUCUCACCGUUGGCGGUCAACCCACCAUAACAGACUCAGAGAUCUUCCCUGAUAGCACGGAAGUAAACAAUAAGACUACCGAAUCAAUGCUAGCCGCACUCAAGGCUGUCGAGGAUAAUAGCAGUCAUCCCAUUGCCAAGGCUAUCGUCACUUACUGUUCCGCGAAGGGGCUUGACACAAACGUCGUCGUCGAAAAUCUCGAAGAAAUACCCGGAAAGGGCAUGAAAGCAGUCUACCGGACAUUAACCCACGAUAAAUCUUUUGAGAUCAUCGUCGGUAACGAAGCGCUGCUGAAGGACUUCUCCGUCUCCAUCUCUACAAAGGUCUCAGAAGCGCUUCAGAAGUGGAAGACUGAGGCCAAGUCCAUUGCUCUCGCAGCCACAAAGCCCAUAUCAUCUGAAAACGAUGCCACCAUCUCGCUUAAAUGGUCAGUUGCGGCUGCUCUCUCUAUAUCCGAUCCCAUCCGGGAAGAGGCGCCGGCGAUCGUUCGAGCACUCCAGUCCCGGGGCACUCGAGUCUGGAUGCUCUCUGGGGACAACUCCGUGACCGCCUCAGCCGUGGCUGCGCGUAUUGGCAUUCCAUCUGAUCAGGUUAUCAGCGGGGUUCUGCCAGCUCAGAAAUCUGAGAAGAUUACUUACUUGCAGUCAACACUCAAGGCCCGUGUUGGUCAUGACUCUGAGUCCACGACUCGCCGCGCGACGGUUGCUAUGGUUGGUGAUGGCAUCAACGAUAGCCCUGCUUUAACAGCAGCAGACGUUGGCGUCGCCAUUGGUAGUGGCAGCGAUGUUGCCAUCUCCUCCGCGGACUUCGUACUGGUCAAGUCAGAUCUACGAGGCAUUGUGACAUUGCUUGAUUUAUCAGGUGCUGUCUUCCGCCGCAUUAAAUUCAACUUUGGGUGGGCGCUCAUCUACAAUGCCAUUGCUGUCCCCGUAGCGGCGGGUGCGCUUUACCCCAUCAUGUCUAAUGGCAAGCAUGUCCGUCUCGAUCCUGUAUGGGCCAGUCUUGCCAUGGCGCUGAGUAGCAUCAGUGUUGUUACUAGCAGCCUGUUGCUUCGAAGUGGGUUGCCGCUCGUAGGAUUCCGUGAAAGGACGGUGCAGGUGUAA